UGUUGCACACAUAUUUCACGAAGGCAGCCUCUCUUAAGUCCCCGUUGCCUGGGCCAAGGAUAGGGUAACAAAUCAGGAAUUUCCUUCUGCCACUCCUGCAGUGCAAGAGAAAAGAAGAAGAAAACGACCAGGCAAACCAUUUUUAAGCUCCCAUUUCCGCCCCGAAAAGGCGAUCUGGGCAGCUGCAACCGUUUUUGAUGCGUAUUUUAUUUUAUUUUUGUUUGGAUGCUUGGUUUUAACCACUCUUUAUUAAGUCGGGUGGGAAUAUGUCCGUACGUAACGGUACAAAAUAAAACGGUUUCAGUUUUACCUUACAAUUGUAUCACUUUUAUGAUGUCCUACUUUUUCUCGGCUCCGCAAAUAGUUCGCAAAUUAUUACAGCAUAUCAGAGCGUACUAUUUUGCAAGAAGGCUUUGUUCCAGAAAAGGAGAAGAAAACAGACCCUAACCAGAGGAAGCCAGUGACAGCGUGUACAAGUUUGGGUUUUGUAACUUUUUUUUCAUCCCGUUCUCGGAGUGGAUUGGUGUCGCUAUAACUCUUAGGUACGUGGAUGGUGGUUGUCUCUGCUUCUAUUCUUUGUUGGAUACUGGAUUUACCCGUCUUUGGAUAAAGUUACUUUUAAACUUCUUCUGCUAUUAAAAACACCCUGAUCAACAAAACAUUCGAACUUGACAAAGACAGGGGAGACCACAAAAAGAGCCGUCGAAAGUCCUCGUUUCAGGGAGGAAUGCCCAUCUCAAUAAUCGCUUGGAAGGAUGCUGUUUCUGGUAAAAUGGAAAUGAAGAACACUUUUCUAGUUGCUGUGCUGCUGAGUUUAUUCUUUUGUCGGAGUUGUAGCCAAGAACUGAACCCAAAAGGCAGAAAUGUAUGCAAAGUACCCGGGUCCCCAGGGUUGGUGUGCUGCGCUGGCUGGAAGCAACAGGGGGAGGAGUGCAUAACCCCUCUGUGUGAGGGCAACUUCACGUGUAAGGAGAAUGAGGUGUGUGUCAGGCCCAAUGAAUGCCGCUGUCGCCAUGGAUACUUCGGAGCCAGCUGCGACACCAAGUGCCCCACCCAGUUCUGGGGCCCAGACUGCAAGGGGAAGUGCACGUGCUUCCCCAACGGCCAGUGCGAUGACGUGACCGGCAAGUGCACCUGCAACCCCAACCGCUGGGGCUCCAACUGCGAGAAGGCCUGCCUGUGCCAGAAGGGCAAGUGCGACCAGGAGACGGGCAAGUGCACCUGCCACGCGGGCUUCUGGGGCCCCCAGUGCUCCAGCAACUGCUACUGCAGCUCCAACUCAGUGUGCGAGCAGACGACGGGCCAGUGCCUCUGCAACCCGGGCUGGUACGGGCGGAACUGCGGGGCCCAGUGCACCUGCAACAGCUCGCCCUGCGAGCAGUACACGGGCCGCUGUCAGUGCCGUGGCCGGCUGUGGGGGCCCCGCUGCGAGCGCUACUGCCAGUGCGUCCACGGGAAGUGCAACCAGAACGACGGCUCCUGCACCUGCACGCCCGGCUACCGCGGGAAGUUCUGCCGAGAGCCCUGCCCCGCCGGGUUCUACGGACAGAACUGCAGGAACAGGUGUGGCCACUGUAAAGGACAGCAGCCCUGCAAGGUGACGGAGGGCCGCUGUGUGACGUGUGAGGGGGGCUGGAACGGCACAAAGUGCGACCAGCCCUGCCUCCCCGGCUACUUUGGGGAGAACUGCAAGGACGUGUGCCCCCCGUGCAAAGAUGGCCACUUCUGCAACCGCAUGGACGGCAAGUGCUCUCACUGCAAUCCCGGCUGGAUUGGAGAUCGCUGUGAGGUAAGAUGUCCAAACGGAACGUACGGAGAGAACUGUGAAAGUGACUGUAGCCAUUGCUUCAAUGGGGACUGCCACUUCGCCACCGGAGAGUGUCUCUGCGAUCCCGGAUUUUCUGGGACAUACUGUAAUCUGACCUGUCUAUCGGGUCAGUAUGGUGUGAACUGCGCGCAGACCUGCUCUUGUCAUGACAGGACAUGUGAUGCAGUGUCUGGAGCCUGCAACCUCCAACCCAACCGACGGAUGGGCGUGAUCGCGGCCGGGACGCUGGUGUCCUUCCUCCUCAUCGUCCUCCUCUCCCUGCUGUGCUGCUGCUGCCUGUGCAAGCAGAAGAACGAGAGCAACCCGGACCGUGAAAACAGCGGCAGCAGCAAAAAGACCAAACGGCUCCUUGGCGGAAGAUUCAGCAGGAUCAGCACAAAGCUGCCCCGGAUUCCACUGAGACGGCAGAAGCUGCCCAAAGUUGUCGAAAAAGUCCCUUUUUCGACCGAGGACCGUGUUAUUAAAGAGCUGGAGGUAGCGAGGGAGAGUGUGGCCCACCAUGACCCUGAGAACACGUUCAACUGCAGCUUCAUCGAGCCCCCUUCUGUGGUGGAGCAACCCUCCCCAUCCUGGUCCUCCCAGGGUUCUUUCUCUUCCUUCGAGACCACUGAUGAUGGACCGGUCUACUGCGUGCCCCACGAGGACUCCGUGGCGGAAACGAAAGACAAGGGCAGCCCUAACGCGGCUGUGGAGAAGACCGCCACUCCCAACGAGGAGGAUGCAGGUGAGUACACCUCGCUGAAAGACACCGGCUCCGCCAAGCAGUCUGCGGGGGACGCCAGCGAGACCCCGCUGCUGAAGUCGUCCGACAGCGAGGGCUCCACCAGCGGCUCCGAAUCGGCCAUCGGGGCUCUGUACGCCCGAAUCGCCCGCCUAUCCAAGCAGUCCAAGGAGGAGGAGGACGGCGGAGGCACCGAGGUCAAAGGUAAUGGCAAGCCCCCAUCUCCCGAGAGGACGAAGCCGCGUCCGCCUGACCCAUCCACAAAGCCCAAGGUCUCCUGGAUCCACGGGACAGCCGGAGUCGGGCAGCCCGAGAAGAGCCAGGCUCCGGCGGUUCCUAAGGAGAAAAAGAGGAGCUCUGUGGAGGCUCCAGGGAGGAGCGAGAAGGAGGCGCAAAGGGCCAAGGAGAAGGGCAGCAAACACAGGGAGCACAGGCACCAGGAGUCGAAGAAUGCGGAGGCGGGGAGCGUCUCCCCCAGCAAGCACAAGGCCCACAAGCCCAGGCCGGGCCAGGAGCAGAUGGAGCACAUCAACGGGGCAGUGCAGAAUGCCCUGCGGAAGAUCGGCAACUUCCACGCCGAGAAGAAGCCCGCCGACCCCAAGGACGUGCCCAAGAGCCCUGGGAAGUUGCGCUCUGAGGUGGUCCACCCUCACAUGAACUCAGAGGCCGCCACUCUCCUGGCCGCCCAGCUGAAGGAGAAGACCCAGAGCCUCAACCGCAGCGAGGGGGGGGUCAAGCAGAACGGCCUGUCCACCCCCCAGGCCCACCGCGAGAAGCCCACACCGCCCCAGAAGGCCAAGCGAUCCACGGCCGGCCCACACCAGCCUGCUGCCAAGCCUCUGCUGCCCACCUCCAGUAAUCUGCAGAAGAUGGUCACCCCAGUGGCAGAGACUGUGUCCCCGGAGGUCAAGACCCCCGAAAAACAGGACUCCAACGGCCCCAGGGUCGCAGACUUGGGUGAUCCCACACCCAAGAAGACCCCGAUUAAAAAGCCUCCCAGGAAGAAAGGCAAAGAGGGAACCUUGGAAACUAAGAGUCAUCCCAAGACGGCCAUUAUGCCGCCACAGAUAGUGAAAUAAAGCCAUUCCCAGCUGCCAAAAGCGGUCGCGGCUUUCAGAUAAAGCGGGGACAACUUUGACCUACUUUCUUUUCCAGGCAUUGAAGCAAAUGGACACUGAUGGACUUUCGUCCAAAUAACUGUGGAUUUGACUUUGUUUUAAAAAUGUUCCGGAUCAGAAAAGGAUGCGUAGAACAUGUCCUGUAGAAGUCAGAUGCUGUCUGCAGUAAUUUCUGAAAUAAUGGCGAGUUGCUUUGAAGAACUGUAAACCAUUCAGUAUUACUUGGAUCCAAUGUCAUGUUUUUUUUUUCUCCAGUUUUGUAUACUUGCAAUUUAGUAUGUUGUAUUUUUAUGAUCACCAAAGGCUAAUACUAUCUCAAACCGUUCUGAUAGUGGCAAGAAAAUCCUAAAUUAGUGUUGGACUGCAUUUCUGUCAAAUAUAUAUGCCCACCACUAUAUAUUUUUAAACCUUAUCUGUAUCUGAUAUACCCCAGGCAUACAUUUAUAAUUAUAUAUUAUAAUAUAUAAUGUACAUAUACGUGUUGUAUUUGAUACAACAAUAAUAAUUAUGCAAAGGAUUUUUUUAAAGGUGUUACUCUGAAAGGUACUGAACAUGUGAUUGUUAUUGUGUUCAAACUCCAGUUCCAGACAUCAUUAAUUUUCUUGACAAAAAUGUUGGUUGACACUCAGUAGUAAGCUGUAAAUGUUAUUUAUAUGCACAGGUGUGGUUCUCAUUUGGUUCCACACACCAUGAGAAGAACUCUUUAUGCUCCAUUGACUGGUGAACAAAAUUAUUUGAAUGCAUAUUUGAGAAGAGGUGAUGUAUGCUAACAUUAUACGAAGUGUGUGUUUUCCUUACUUCUAAGGCAUUUUAUUGUGGUCAGUGAUGUAUGAAUUAUAAAAGACAAAUGUGUCAUCUUUCCAAUGUA